UCUCCCCACGGUUUACAUACUCGUCGCAGUUUCAAAACUGCACAGGAACAAUCGACUGACUCAGAAUCCCAUAUUCCAUUUCCAAAUUCUCUUCCUUGUUUCCUAUAAUCGGAAACACCAGAAUCUCGUCUUUUGAACUCUCUUCCUCCCGUCUUCGAAGGACUUUUGGUGCGUGUAUGGAAGCAAAUGCAUACCAAAACCAGAGAAACGUCGUCGUCUUUCCUGUGCCUCCUCUGUAUCGUUUCCUUCCACUUCCACCUGUGAACCCCUCAUUUGGUUUGAUAAACCCCAGUUUUCACGGUAAGGUUUUGUUUCCGUACAAUCUUCCACCACCAGCACCUUUUGGAUUCGGUUUCAGUCCUUCAUUCUUGAUUCCAAUGGAGGACGAAAGGUCUGUCUCGCUUCAAAAGUUCAUGGUUAAUGAGGGAUUGGUGCCGUCUCUGGAAGAGGAAGAGAGGAGGAAAAAUGUUAUUUCAAAGCUCAAGAAGUUAGUGGUGGCAUGGGCUAAGAAGGUUGCCUGGCAGCGUCGGCUUCCUAGAGAACAAAUUGCAGCCACAUGCGCCACAAUAUUAACAUAUGGGUCCUAUGGUCUUGGGGUUCAUGGUCCAGAGUCUGAUAUUGAUGCUUUGUGUGUUGGUCCUUUCUUUGCCACCAUGGCUGAGGACUUUUUUAUUGUUCUACGAAACAUGCUUAAAAGCAGACCGGAAGUAUCAGAUAUUCAUUGUGUGAAGGAUGCAAAAGUUCCUCUGAUGCGGUUCAAAUUUGAUGGUAUCUCAGUUGACCUUCCAUAUGCUCAGCUUAAAUUAUUAGUUGUUCCUCAUAACUUGGAUGUACUUAAUCCAUUCUUUUUGAGGAAUAUUGAUGAAACCAGUUGGAAGAGUUUAUCUGGUGUACGUGCUAAUCAACAGAUUCUUCAACUUGUUCCAAACCUAGAGAAUUUCCAAUCAAUGCUACGAUAUGUUAAACUGUGGGCAAAGAGGCGAGGAGUGUAUGGUAAUCUAAAUGGGUUUCUGGGAGGUGUUCAUUUGGCAAUUUUAGCGGCGUAUGUUUGUCAAAAUCAUCCAAAUGCCGGUGUCAGCACUUUAAUAUCAAGCUUCUUCAGUACUUUUGCUGCUUGGCCUUGGCCAACACCUGUGGUGCUGCAAGAUGGAAUUCCAUCAACUGCUGGAGCUGUGAUUGAGACGCGGUCCUUCAUGCCCAUUCGUUUGCCAUGUAGUCCACUUGAAUAUUGCCAUUCCAAUAUCACUAAGAGCACAUUCUACAAGAUCAGAUCGGAGUUUCUCAAAGGGCACGAUUCAACAAAGGAUUUUUUGAAUCCAGGUUUUGAUUGGAAUACCAUUUUCCAGCCUUUUCCAUAUUCGAAGAAGUAUACCCGAUUUAUCAAAAUUUACCUUUCAGCUUCUGAUCAAGAUGAGCUAGGAGAUUGGGUGGGUUGGGUGAAGUCCCGUUUCCGCUGUCUACUUCUUAAGCUUGAAGGGCUGCAAGGCUUUUGUGACCCCAACCCCACGGAAUAUGUUGACAUGGAUGUAUUGGAUCCAAAUGUGGUUUUCUACUGGGGUCUAAAUCCGACUAGGAGUAGUUUCAUGGACAUAGAAUCAGUUGAGGAGGAUUUCCUGGGGAAUAUAUACAGUGGCUACCAUGGUAUUCCUAGAAAGAUAGAAUUAUCAAUUGUGCAAGCUUCUGAACUGCCCAGCAAUGUUCAGUUCAAUAGUGGAAAUGGGAAGAAAAUGAAAGCCUGUUGGAAGAUUGUGAACGAGCAAAGGAUCCCAGCAUACUCAUCACACCUGCCAGGCUACUUCGUCGGGUAUGUGGCAACUAAUGGAGACACCAAGCACCUAAGUGCCGGAGGUUAAAAUGUUUAAACGUGUUCUUUGUGUUCUGAUGCUACCUUUGUUUUUGCUGUUCUGGCUUGGAAACUUUUGAGUUUCUUCAUUACACUUUGCAAUGGCAUCAAAAGGAUUUACAGAUGCGGAUAGGAUGUGUGUUUGAGUCGACACUAAAGAAUAUCUUCUAAAGAGUAAAAACUAGUAUGGCUAUUGUAAAACAUUAAAAGUUCUGACUUUUGUAAAUCUAUAGAGUAUAUAUGAUAUUCAAUUUUUUGCUUUC